GGGUGGACCCUGACGCAUUCAUACUUUGUCGUCAUAGAUGGUUUCCGAGUCGACUCGGGACUGGAAUUGCCGGUGGAUGACUUGCAGAAAUAUCCCGCCAUAAUUGAGAAGACGGGGAAUACUAGGAAGGCCGCAAUAACAAAGAAACAAAUUCUUGACAGAAGCAAAGGGGACCCAUUUUCCAAAUUUAUCAUUGUCGUUCAGCUGCUAUGGUUUAUCACUCAAUACAUCGGACAGUGGGCAAGCCAUUUACAAAGAUCGCAACUGGAGACAAUGACGCUCGCGUACGCGGCAUUAUGCGUCUUUCUUUAUGUGUUGUGGUGGCAUAAACCCGUUAACAUUCAAUUCCCAAUCCAUGUGACGGAAGAGUUCCCUUCCGUUCCUCCGACUUCCGAGACAAAUGUCGAUGAACCGACACCUAAAACGGAGACUGAUGCAGAUCCAAUGUCCAUGCAAGUGUCUGAGCCCAAGGAUAUGGAAGUCAUGUCGAUGUUUAUAGCCACUGGGAUGAUCUUUGGGGGAAUCCAUUGCCUUGCAUGGUCAUUUCCCUUUCCAACCCACACGGAGAUGAUUUUAUGGCGAGUUUCAGCAAUAUAUAUUACAGUGGCUCCUGUCUUUAUAAUGUUGGCCAGAUGGCUUAGUGAUCAUGUUGAUGAUGAUUUGGGUAUUAUGAUACUGCGUUUUUCAGAGAAACUGUCCGAUGAAAAGUGA